ACUUUUUUACCGACGAAACUUGCUGCCUGUGUGUUUCUCGGUUUCUCUCCUCCCUACGCUCGAUCCCAGUUAUUUCUGUGUUCUCGGUGGGGCUGCUCAAACCCUAAUCAGCUGUACCACUGGGCGAGUCUCUUACAGAGUCAUGGCCUUCAAGCACCUUCUAUCCUUAGCUCGGCGAUCGCAACGACGUUGCUUAUCCCCUCUCUCAUCUUCAUUCCAGGCCGUCCGGUCCUCAUCAUCUUCUCCGGCCGUCGCUACUCCGUCGGCCCCUCCUUCCCCGCCUCCUCCCAAUGUCAUGAUCUAUGAUCGGCUCGCUGAGGCUGUGAAAUCCAAGCUCACGCAGCUCGAAAACCCCGACCCACGAUUCCUCAAAUAUGGGUCUCCUCGCCCCACCUUGUCGGAUCAUACUCGGAUUCUUUCUGCACCCGAAACUCGCGUUACCACCCUUCCUAAUGGACUUCGGGUGGCCACGGAGUCAAACCUUGCCGCGAAAACAGCAACAGUCGGCGUCUGGAUUGACGCAGGAUCGCGGUUUGAGACCGAGGAGACUAACGGGACGGCACAUUUCCUCGAGCACAUGAUCUUUAAGGGUACUGAGAAGAGGACAGCUCGCGAGCUGGAGGAGGAGAUUGAGAAUAUGGGUGGGCAUUUGAAUGCUUACACGUCGAGGGAACAAACUACUUAUUAUGCCAAGGUUACGGAUAAGGAUGUUCCUAAGGCACUUGAUAUUUUGUCUGAUAUAUUGCAGAAUUCGAAGUUUGAUGAGAACCGAAUCAGCCGGGAGCGCGAUGUGAUACUCAGGGAAAUGGAAGAGGUUGAGGGGCAAACAGAGGAAGUCAUUUUUGACCAUUUGCAUGCAACAGCUUUCCAGUACACUCCUUUGGGUAGAACUAUUCUUGGACCUGCUCAGAACAUUAAGACAAUCACCAAAGGUCAUUUACAGAGCUACAUUCAGACACACUACACAGCUCCCAGGAUGGUUAUAGCUGCAUCUGGAGCUGUCAAGCAUGAAGAUAUUGUUGAGCAAGUGAAAAAUUUAUUCACAAAGUUGUCAGCAGAUCCCACUACUGCUUCUCAAUUAGUGGCAAAAGAACCAGCUAUUUUUACUGGUUCUGAGGUUAGAAUGAUUGAUGAUGAUAUUCCCCUCGCCCAAUUUGCAGUGGCUUUUGAAGGAGCAGCGUGGACAGAUCCCGAUUCCAUUUCCCUUAUGGUCAUGCAGGCUAUGUUGGGCUCUUGGAACAAGGCAGCAGGAGGUGGAAAACAUAUGGGUUCUGAGUUGGCACAACGGGUUGGCAUUAAUGAAGUUGCGGAAAGCAUGAUGGCUUUCAACACCAACUAUAAGGAUACUGGUCUUUUUGGCGUUUAUGCUGUUGCUAAGCCUGAUUGUUUGGAUGACUUGGCCUAUGCAAUAAUGUAUGAGACCACCAAGUUGGCUUAUCGUGUUUCAGAAGAUGAUGUCACACGAGCUCGUAAUCAGUUGAAAUCUUCACUGCUGCUGCACAUAGAUGGUACCAGUCCAGUGGCUGAAGAUAUCGGGCGCCAGUUACUCACGUAUGGUCGAAGAAUUCCAUAUGCUGAAUUGUUUGCUAGAAUCGAUGCUGUAGAUGCAAGCACAAUUAAACGUGUGGCAAACCGAUUCAUUUAUGACAAGGUAAUUUUUGAGAUCUCUUGAAACGUACUUAUUCCUAUGUGAUGCUUGUGGAUGUAUGGUUCAUGGAAUGCUCCCCCACUGCAGGAUGUAGCUAUUGCAGCCAUGGGACCUAUUCAGGGCUUGCCUGAUUACAACUGGUUCAGACGCAGAACCUACUGGAACCGCUAUUAGUUUAUUGUAGUUUUCUUUCUUCUCUUUGCUUUUUGACUGCACAGGGAGUGUGGCCCAAUGUUUUGUUUCAAUUUACUACGUACAUGCCUUUGGAUGAGGCGUGGCAAUAAUUUUUUAUUUAAUUGUUAUAGGCCUUCCUUUUUGUAACAUUCUUGCAAACAAUAAGCAUGCCAUCUUCACUCACUUGAGUGUUGUAAUUGUGACAUUAGGAGGAUGUGGGCUACAAUGUGACCGGCAUUUUUUUAAAAAAAAAAAUUAUCAAUAUUAAUAUUGACUCUUGAUAGA